AUGCUCUUCAAAACCUACUCCGUUUAUACUAAUACUAUUAAGCACCUGUUGCAUAAACAAUCUCUCAUAAACCCUUUAUUCAACCUCCAUACCAAACCCAUUUCAAGCCUCAAAGUUGUGUGGCGCAAAGACCCACAACUAGACCAUGCCAUUGAGAGAGAUAAGCAAUACAAGCUCUGCUCAAAGGUUGUCAAAGAGGUCCUUAACGAACCGGGUCAAGUAAUCCCUCUUCGUUACCUUGAAAAGAGACGCGACAGAUUGCGCCUCAAUAUUAAAAUUCCUACUUUUCUGAAUAAAAACCCUGCCCUCUUUGAUGUUUAUCACGAUCGAAUCAGACCCAAGUCAGAACCCGUCCGGUUUGUCCGUGUUAGCCAUCGGCUGAGGAACUUUCUUGAAGAAGAGAGAAGGAUCGUUUUGAAAAAUGAGGAGUGGAUUGUUUUGAAAUUGUGCAAAUUGCUGAUGAUGGCUAAGGACAAGGUCCUUAGUGUGGAUAAAUUGGUUCAUGUGAAGAGAGAAUUUGGAUUUCCUAAUGAUUUUUUGGUCAAUUUGGUGCAUAGGUAUCCAAAUUAUUUUAGGCUUAUUGGCCCUCCCGAGGAGGGGAAGUCAUUCCUUGAGCUGGUUGAAUGGAAUCCUGAGUUUGCCAAAUCGGUUAUUGAGCAAAGAGCCGAGGAGGAGUCUUGCCUAACGGGAAUUCGUGUUAGGCCUAAUUUUUACUACAAGCUUCCUUCAGGGUUCUUCUUGAGGAAGGAGAUGAGGGAGUGGGUUAGGGAUUGGUUAGAACUUGAUUAUAUAUCACCAUAUGUUGAUGUGUCGCACUUGGAUCAAGCUUCACAGGAAAUGGAGAAGAGAACUGUUGGGGUUUUCCAUGAGUUGCUAUCACUUUCGUUGUUCAAGAGGAUUCCAGUGCCCAUACUGGGGAAGUUUAACGAGGAGUACAGGUUUUCCAAUGCAUUUUCAAGUGUGUUCACCAGGCAUUCAGGAAUAUUUUACAUGUCGUUGAAAGGGGGGAUUAAGACUGCGAUGCUAAGGGAAGCUUAUAAGGAUGGUGAGUUGAUUCAAAGGGAUCCGUUGCUUGAAAUAAAGGACAAGUUUGUUCAGUUGUUGGAAGAGGGGUGGCAGGAGAGAGCAGAGCAGUUGAGGUUGCAAAAGGAAGAGGUUAAGAAGGACAGGGAAAUGCUGGCAAUGAUGGAUGGGGACAUGGAUGGACAAGAGAGCAGCAGGGAAUUGGAUGGGCAAGAGGUCGAGGAAUAG